UGGUCAUUCACUCUGUGUGAGUUGGUGUGUGUGUGUGUGUGUGUGUGCUUACUUUUUCACCCUUGUUUCUUUACGGUGAGUAGACAGAGAAAGAGGAAAAUACAAGGAAAAGGGAAAGGAAAAGUAUAUAUAGAUAAAGAGGUAGUGUUUGGUAGCUACAGAAAGGAAGUCUACUGUAUUACGUGUCUUUAAGAGCAGAGACUCCCGAAGACUCAUCAGUUGAGAAACAUCGAGCAUAGUGUAACAGACGGGACUGUCAAGAUAAGCUAAAAAGAAAAAAACAAAUCGUGGUAUAAGUUAAUCAAACCCCGAAAAAAAUCUACUAGAAUCUGCAUCUGACUGAACUCCGGUGAACAUGUUGCUUCGGUUUCGCCCCCUCGCCUCCCUCGCCCCCUUCCUCCUGCUGGCAGCGCUGAAGAUGGCUGCUUCCCAUGAACAAAAUCCCAUCGAUGAGUUCAUGGCCCAUGAUCACCAAGAGCAGGGGCACCAAGUUCAGCAGCAACAUUCUGAACAACAUCAGGAACAGCAGCAGCAUUUUCAACAACAAGCACAGCAAGAACAACAGCAUCAACAACAAGCACAGCAAGAACAACAGCAUCAACAAGAACAACAUCAACAGCAGGUACAACAAGAACAGCAAGAACACCAACAGCAUUUUGAGGGGCAAGUUCAGCAGCAACAGCAUCUUGAACAACAGGUUCAUCAUCAAGAACCACCACAGCAACAGCACGUUGAAGAACAGAUGCAUCACCAGCUGCCUGAAGAACAAAAUCACCAGCAGCAGGACUUUGAUGGAGACACACUCCUGGACGAACACCUGGCCGAGAUGCCUCACCUGGACCCCAGAAACAUGUCGCCGACGGAGAAACAGUACCAUCUGUUUCUGGCGCACGACUACAACCAGGACCUGCACCUUGAUGGGGUGGAAAUCAUGCAGUCGAUUUUCCAUGACGACUCGAGCGACCUCUACACUGACGAGGUGCUGGCCCAGAAGAUCGACUACCUCCUCGACAACUUCGACCGCGACAGAGACGGCAAGCUGUCGUUUCCCGAGUUCAUGAUGUCAGACGCGAGAUUCACCGCCGUGUAGUUGCUGCCAUUGUUUGCUGUCGUUGUCGUUACUGCGAUCUGUUUCUUGUUGUUGUUUUUCGUUUGUUUAUUUAUUUGUUAUCAUUAUUGUUAGUGUUAUCGUUAUUGUUAUUACGACUGUUCUUAUUAUGAUUAUUAUCAUUAUCA